UUUGGCCUCAGCACUCACCUUAGCAGACCGACAAAACGCGCAGUCUCGGCUUCCCGCAACCGGCUUUCUGCCUUCGCGUUUGCGGCCCUGGCGAAGACCAAGAAAUCCCAAUCAGCCGAUGGACCAACCUUCAGACAGGAAGCACCGGUAGCCGGUAACGCACAUAACCCAACAAAAGCUUUCUUUGAGGCCCUCUGUCUCACGCAGUGUGGUUCUCCGGCUUACACUGCGCCCGAAGUGCUGGGUCGGAAGCCCUACGGACAGCAAGCCGAUGUGUGGACUGCUAUAGACCUCAUACGAGGCCUACUAACGCCGGAUCCCAAAGAACGAUUACGUUUGCCGCAGCUUAUAGCCCACCCAUGGUUGACAGGAACAGAACAAGUCAAGCCGUCGAUCCCACAAGCCGACGAAUUCCCCUUGGAAUUCACAUCCUCGGUCGACGUCGCUGCUGAAGUUGGAAGACCCCACAGACUCAAACGGGCAGGCUGCGGUCGUCGAGCCUCUAAUGCCAAAUCCCAGUCCCCCUAUGGCAGCCGCAGCCCACAGGAGGCCCAUGGUGGAUGA